UAUCAUUUGACAGAACAGCAGGAUCAGAACGUCACUAUUGUUUUUCGUUUCAAAAAUCAAGAAAAAUAAGUGACCGAAAGCACGUGAACAAAGGAAAUUCUUCAGACAACGCAUAUUUUACUGUAGAAAUCACUUCAGUUGGGAACAAAAAUGUUUCGAAAGCCACAGAAGCCUAGUUCCGGGAAGAAACCCAAUUUGUCGCAAUUUGGACUACUAGACAUUGACCCUGUGGAUGAUGAUGAUGAGCCAAUGGAUGGGUCUGAUGACGACAUGGACUUAGAAGCAGAGCUAGCAGCCAUCAGCGGUGGAGGUGCAAGGCAUCGGCCCCGGAAACCGGCCCCUGUGCCGGCAGCAGAUUUGGAUGCUAUGAUUGCUGCAAGUCUGCAGGAUAUACCGUCAGAUGAUGAGGGUUCUGGAGAUGAUGAUGACCCAGAGCUUCUCAGUGAGCUGCAUGACCUGAGCUUAGACGAGGCACCUGCACCUCAAGCACCGCUUCCUCGUGUUGCCAGCGCCGAUAGCAGCACCAUCAGUCUACUGCAGGAUCGGAUCACCAACUAUACUGUAGCUGAGAAAAACGCCAAGGCUGCUGGAGAGAGCAGCCGCGCUCGGAGAUUUGGAAGAGGCCUAAAAACCCUCAAUGACCUCCUGAAGCAAGCAAAAGCCGGCGCCACAAUAGCCAACGACGACAUCCCGCCGCCCGUGGCCGUGGGGAAGCCUGCCCCGGCGGCCCCGGCCCUGGCCCCGGCGGCCCCGGCGGCGCCCGAGCCGGCCGCGGAGCCCCGCGCGCCGACCCGCCCCGCGCCGGCUAUACCGGAUAGUCCUAGCUCGCCCCCGCCCUCCGGGCCGCCGCCUCCGCUGCCGGCCCCGCGGCCCCCCGCGCCGCCGCCGCGCGCCGCCAGCCUGCGGAGCCCCGCCCAGCCCGGGCCGCCGGCCCUCGACCCGGCUAGACAGGAGGGCCUGCAGACUAUACUUAAACGCAAGAAGGAAUUCAUAGCCGCAGCCCGAGCCGCCAAACCCACAGACAUGCCACUCGCAUUAGAAUAUCUCAAGGUCGUCAAACAGUUCGACGUAGUAGCUGACGCGUGGAAAUCUGGGCAGGAGAUGGAUCUGAACGAGUUGCCUACUCCUGAAGCUAUCGCUGCAGGUUUCAAGGCCCAACAGAAGGGCGAAGACCAGACUCAAGGAGCUACAGAAGCCCCGCCCGAAGCGUCAGCACCUGAAGAGGCGCCCGCGCUCAUCACAGCGACCACAAUGGCGGAGGCCCUUAAACAGAGGCUAGCCGGAUUCCAGGAGCAAGAAGCCAAAGCGAAAGAGCAGGGUAAUUCUUCAAAAGCGCGUCGCAUGGGUCGCAUAGUGAAGCAAUACCAAGAAGCCAUAAAACUACACGCGGCAGGCAAGCCGGUGCCCGUCGACGAACUACCACCGAUCGCAGGCUACGGACCUAUACCUACUGAUAGUUCGCCCGCCCCGGCCCCUGCGCCGGCAGCGCGCCCCGCGGCCCCCGCUCCCCCCGCGGCCCCCGCGGCGCGGCAGGCCUCGCGCUACGACAAGCAAUUAGCGCUCUUAUUGCACCGGCAGAAGGAGUUCCGGGAGGCCGCGCUAAAGGCUAAGAAGGCCGGCAACAUUGAGCAAGCAAAAGAAUACUUGCGGGCAGCCAAAGGUUUCGACGCAGUCAUAGACGCAGCGAAAGGGGGGCUUGCCGUUGAUUUGAAAUCUCUCCCACUGCCUCCCACGGCCAAGAAACAGCUUGAACAUACUUUCGACGUAGUAACAGCGGAGGACUGCACGCCGCCCGCCGCCGAGCCGCCGGCCGGCUCCGACGCCGCCGUGCUGGCGCGGCUGCAGCAGCAGCUCGCCGGCCAGCUGCAGCUGUGCCACGCCAGCCGCGACCACUACCGGGCCAUGGGGAACAUCGCCGAGAUGAAUAGGUUCGAGCAUCUCGCCGUUACGGUCAAACAGGAUUUGGAUGUUGUAGUCGUUGCGAAAAGUUUAAACCAAAACCCACCCAAAUUCCACUACGAGUCCCGACAGUUCGCCGUGGUGCAAUGCAAUACGGACCUCAACGAGAAUGACUUAGAGCUCACAAUAGUCCGCGGGAUCGCGUACAACGUCCCCAACCCUAAGGAAGUCGACACAUAUGUUAAGUUCGAGUUUCCCUACCCACAAGACGCGCCAGUAGUGGACAGGACGGCGCAGGUGAAGGACACGAACAACCCGGAGUACAACGCGGUGUUCCCACUCGCCAUCCAGCGCGCGGCGCGCCCGUGUCUGCGCGUCUUCAAGCGGCACGGCGUCAAGUUCGAGGUCUACUCCAAGGGCUGCGCGGCGUGCGGCGCUCACGGGCUCGUGUGUUGCAGCGGCUGGUUCUCGCGGGACGCGCUGCUGGGCGCCUGCGCGGUCAAGCUGGCGCCGCUCGAGACGCAGGUCACCAUUCAUGAGGCGUUUCCGCUCAUGGACGGGCGGCGGCCGGCCGGCGGCUCGCUGGAAGUGAAGCUGCGCGUGCGCACGCCGCUGCUGCAGCAACAGAUACAGAGCACCACGCACCGCUGGCUCGUCAUAGACAGCUAAGAAUCAUAGCGAUAGAAAUAUAUACCGCAGUGGUAUACGAAAUCAAUGUAAAUACCGCCUUAGAAUGGUAUUCCGCCUGUCCAAUUUCUUGGUCCAAUAUGUAUUUGGGGUCUCACAUUUUUCUCAAGACAAAGGUGGAGGACCCGCGCGAAUUCACUUUUCAUUCAUACAAACGUAGUCCUCAUUUUCCUCCCUGGAUAUGAACAGUAUUGAAAAUAUUUUGACACAAUUUGUUGUAUAUCAACCACUUACGAAUUUUCAAUUAUUAUAAGGGUUAGAAGCAUUUUUAAAUUUUGUAUGAAAUCGGUUUUUGGCUAAUAUUUUUUACAAUAAUCAAAGAAUCUUAAAAAGUCACACGUAGCAUAGCAAUGGUUAAUAUACAUCAAAUUAUGUAAAAAUAUUUUCCAUAAUGUCAGUACCUAGAGAAAAAAAUGGGGACUACAUUUGUAUGGAGAAGCUGCCGUCCCCUUUCCUCUUAAUGAGAAAGUGAGACACAAUGCACAUUGGACUAAGAAAUUGGAUAGGCUGUAUACCAUCCUUAGACACAUACCCCUUUAUUCUUAAAAAGCGAACCUCUGUUCAAUAUAUAUAUGUUUAUACAAAAAUGACACAACAUAGAAAUAAAGAACUUUCAACAGUUUGUUCGAUUUGACGGAGGUGUAUUAAUAAAAAAACAAACAUCCAUACAUAAAUACAUUCUCGACGUUGACGCUAUAAACCUAUAUAGACGGGAAAUAAAGCGUAACGCCAUCUAGUGAAAUCUACGAGAAAUUGCGCUGUACUUAUGUGUAAGAGGGAAGUAUACUCGGCUAUGCAAAAAGAGAAAAUGUUUUUCCAUUACUAACUUCCAUUCUCCAUGAUUUUAUAGCAUGUUAUUGACAAAAUAAAAAACUAGGUUUAUAGGUAUUCCUUUUUUUCAAAAUUUGCGAAACAAAAAAAAAUAAUUAAACCUAUAAAUCUAAAAUAUAUUGACUGAAGCGAUCGACAUCAAAAUCAAAGUGAUUUGUUAAGAUUUAGUUAGCGGGAAACCGUUUUCUCCCGAGAUGGAAUUUCAUAGAAAAAAUACCGUUAUUUCGUUAGGAUCACAAAGCUAUUUUUCCCUUUUAAUAUGCGUUUAUAUGUGGUUUUGUGCGUGUGUCAGCGAUUCAGAUUUCAAAUUUACGUGUUUGAAAUUAUAAAUAACACGUUGUUGUCAGUUAUCAUACGCACAAAGCCAAUAUAAAGCGCCAUCGGCAACAAUGAUAGACGCAACAUUUACUUGCUUGGGCUAAGUAAUAUUAGUGCUAGUUAAAAAUAAAGUGCUAAGUACUAUUCAAAAAAUAACUAAAUAUGUAUACAUAUUAGUUCAUUGUCCAGGGGUCCAUUUCUCGAACGGUAUUAGUCUAAUAUUAUUAGUGUGUUGCUAUGGCAACCGAUACGUCUUGACAUUUGGUGGACUAAUAAUAUUAAUCUAAUACCGUUCGAGAAAUGGGCCCCUGGUUACAUUUGUAAAUUUGGCGGUAUGGACAGAUAAUUACUGUUUCGACUGCUAUUUUCACGGAACCUUUUUUUUUUUAGUUUAUUGUUGAAACAAAACUUUGAAAUGUUUGUUUGGUGUAUAAUUGGUGUUUUUUUAGGCCAGUGUGAUUCGUACUAAUAUAUUCGUUGUAUGAUUUGAAAUAUAAUUAUUUGUUAGAUCUGUUAACGCAAAUGUAGCAUGCUUAAUGUAAUAUGCUAAUAUACUAUACAGGUAUCGUUAUAAAGACCAAUGACACGAAAAAUAUACAUUUUUAGGGUUCCGUAGCCAAAUGGCAAAAAACGGAACCCUUAUAGAUUCGUCAUGUACGUCUGUCUGUCCGAUUAUGUCACUGCCACUUUUUGUUACCUCGUGUCCUGUUGGGAGAGUCAAAAAUGGUCACAAAAAUUUCAGCUUGGUCCAUCUAAAGAAACAACUUGUCCGUAGGUAGUCACGGACUUAAAUUGUUGAGCCAUCUAGGUUUUUUUUUUAAUUUAUUUCAAAAAAUACUUAUGACUGUAGACAGUUUAUUGGCGAAUUGUGCGCUCUUAAUUAUUAUUAUAAUGAAUACUCUGUGUCUUAUAUUAGGUACCUACGGAGUAUAAAACAAAGUUCAUAUAGUAGUUCACUUUACAUUGGAUAUUUCAUCCCGUCAGUAUUGACAAACAAAUUGGUUUGAACCCUAAAUGGCUCAACAAUUAAAGUCCGUGACUGUACAAGUACCCUAAAAAUCGGAUCACCUUUUAUCUCUUAUUGUAAUAAAUAAUUCUUAAUUACCGCGAUUUGACUGUUCUAUACAUUAAAAUAGUAAUUUUGUAUAUAAAAUUUGAUCCCCCCCCCCUGAUUACGCCCGUGACCACCCCACACUAGCGUCUCCCGAGCGUCGGCGUCUAGUCAACUCUAUGGCUGUUGCUCGACGCAACGUUGGCGCUAUGGAGGGUAGAGGUAAGGAGAACAAUCUAUGUGUAUGAAAAGUGUCCAUCAUAAAACCUUAAAUAGGUGGCGCUACGAUACAUCGCAAACAAAUCUUUGACUUUGAUAAAAAAAUCAAAUCACUGACAGCGCACUUCACUCCGUCAAUAACGCCUAGGUUCUUAGCUACUCUAGCGCUACUAUGGAGAGAUUUGGAACAUUAUUUAUAGCUGACAGCUGAACACUUUUGCAGUUCUGCCUAAGGAGAUUCUGUUCCUUGCCUCUAGUUUCCAUAGUCAAUAACUUCUAAGUUCGUGUCAGGUCCUUGUGCUACCCUAUAUAGUGCCACCGGAGAGAUUUCGAACUAUUAUUUACAGCUGCCAGCUGGACACUUUAGCAACAGUUGUCCCACAAAAAAUUGUUCUCCUUACCUCUACCGUCCAUAGUUGGCGCCACUGCGCAGCGACGCCAUAUUCCAUAGCGCUGACUAAACUCUGACGCUCAAAAUACACUAAUGAAGGGUUUCCCUUAUUACUAUAUGUUUAAUUCGUGGUAUAAAAAAAGUAUAUCGCUUUACAAGUGCCUCUAUUUGCACCUCAUGUAAUUAUUGUAAGAUAAUGUAAAUGGGAAAAUGUUAUUAUAAUAAAAAUGCAUACCUUAUUGAA